AUGUUGAAAACUUUGGAUUUUUGUGGCCGACGAGCGCACUUUUUAAAAAAUUGCGCUCAAUCACUAUCAUCAUCGUUUGUACGAAUCGAAAAUCAUAUUAAUCGGAAUAAUAUUUAUCGAGAAACGAGAAGAAAUCUACAGUUAGAAGAAAGGAGAUUGUCAAAAGCGAGAGUUUUUGGACCUGUCGAACCUCCUAAGGAUCUUACUUUUAAAAUCGUGGAAGAACGCGUUCUAAAGGCAAUACGUGAAUGGGAUCGUUUUCCACAAGACAGAAAUGAUAAAUUAACAGUAAAUGCCGAUUUCGUAAAAGAUCUAGGCUUCGAUUCUCUCGAUCAUGUUGAAAUAAUUUUAUCGUUAGAAAAUGAAUUUGGUUUCGAAAUACCCGAUGAAGAUGCUGUUAAAAUGAAAACUCCUAAAGAUAUUUGCAAAUAUAUUUGUGAACGAGAAGAUGUCUAUGAAUAA